AUGAAUCACGGAAAACCCUUCAGCUCUUGGGAGAAGGUGACUGAGUUAUUAAGGCAGCACACCGGAAACCCCCGGAGCCGGGAGCAGGCCCAGCACCUUCCUGAGCAGACGCGGAGGCUCCUCGGGGGCCACUCUUCCUCUCCAGGAGGGCGCCCAGGGGUGUGCCUGGCUUACUUCGAGAGCAAGUUCAACCCCUCGGCGGUGUACGAGAAUGCACAGGACGGCUCCACGGGCUUCGGCCUCUUCCAGAUCCAAGACCGCAAGUGGCCCAGCUGGUCCCUGCACUGCCGAUUCUCCGACUCCCUGGAGCAGUGGCUGGAUGGCUGCAAGCUGUAGCUGCUGAGUGCCCCACACACUUGCCAACACAUCCAGGUAUCUCGCCCUGCUGUCGCCUUGCUGCCUGAUAGCUCCCGGCGGAGAACCACAGCAGCUUGCUUCUCUAGAGAUGCAGGAUGUGAAAUAAACCUCGU